UCUAAUACUAUGUAACUGCUAAGGGCUCAUAGCAGAGGACUCAAUGGGGCCCUAGGGAAGAAAUACAUCAUGAUUAUUGCUAUAAUAUCCUUUCGCUCCUCUCCUAACAAAGCUCUUCCACUGAAUCAUGGAGUCACCAUCUGAGGAGAAGAGAAGGAACCAUGUCAUCACUAUAGACCCAGAUGAAACUGUCUUGACUGCCUAUCCAUAUCGACCUCACAGUUCUCUGCUGGAUUUCCUUAAGGGGGAGCCAAAACUUUUAGGGGCCAUCCAGAUUCUUCUUUCUCUAGUCAUUGUAGGCUUUGGAAUUAUAUUAGCACUUAAUUUCACCUUUUCAUCCAAAAAAUUUCCUCUCGUGAUCCUCACAGGAUAUCCAUUCUGGGGAGCAGUUAUUUUUUUUCUGACAGGACUUGUCACAAUGUCCCAUGAUAAACCAAGGCGAAUUCUGAAGCAAGGCGUCACGACCAUGAAUGUCCUCAGCUCACUGACUGCAUUAGCUGGGAUUGCUUUGACCCUCCUCAGCUUUACACAGCAGCACAGAGUCUGCCAGACACCCUCCCCCGAAGGACCAUGUGUUGUGGGCAAAACACUUCUUCUUGGAAUUUUGUCAGUCUUAUUAAUCAUCACUAUAGUAGAGUUCAGCAUCUCUGUGACUAUUGUAUCCUUAAGAAGCAGAUGCUGGACCAGUCCAAGAGAGGCUGUGUUCUUCUUUCCUUCAGAAGGUGCUCAAAAUACUGAACAUCCUGCCCCAGAAGAAAACAAUACAUUACAAUUUGAGUUUCAAGAAAAAUCUUCCAAGGAUAAUACAGCUUCAAGCAUAAAAAGUGUUUUCUUAGGUGGUUAUGCUUUCUUCAAGUUAAGAGUCUCAAGAAAUUCUUCAACUCCCAAAACUAUCCAACAGAAAAGUGAUAAAGGUACAUCUUUUAUGUAUGUUCCAGAGGAACAGGAGGCUACUCCUCCACUCUCCCCAGAGCAAGAAAUCAAACUGAAUGCUCUACCUCCCCCAUUAACACCACAUCCUUCAGAAAAUACUCCUUCUCAGAAAGACUCUACAACUGAUCACCUGAAUGAUGCGGACCUAUCAUCUAUUAUACAUCAAACUUCUGAUAUGCAAUCCAAUUUGCUUGACUAUGAAAAUGCAUCAGUCAAAAGAUUUAAAACUCCAUCUUCACAAAAUUCCCUCCAUUUUUCACCUGACAAUUUGUCAUCCCAAUCAUUAAUGACAUCUCUGUCAACACAAGUCUUACAAUCUAAACAGCCAUCGUUCCAUAUUUCACAGUCUUAUGAUCUGAUAUCUGAAUAUUUUCUUUCUGAAAACAUACCAUUUCAAGACAACCAAUCCCAAGACACCCCUUCUCAAUAUACCCCAUCCCAAGACAUACAAUUCCAAGAUAUGCUAGCUCAAGACAUAUCAUUCCAAGAGAUUCAAUCCCAAGAGACUCCAAACCAAGAUGUACUAUAUCAAGAGACUCCACCUCAAGAGACUCCAUCCCAAGGGACUCCAUACAAAGAUCUAUCAUACCAAGAUCUACUAAUUAAAGAUACAUCACCCCAAGGGACUCCCUAUCAAUAUAUAUUAACAAAAGAAAUACCAUUCCAGGAGACUCCAUCUCAAGGAACUCUGUCUCAAGAGUCUCCAUCUCAAUGGACUCUAUCCAAAGGGACUCCAUCCCAAGGGACUUCACCCAAGGGGACUCCAUCCCAAGGGACUCCAUUUCAAGGGACUCCUUCCCAAGUGACUCCACCCCAAGGGACUCCAUCCCAAGGGACUCCAUCUCAAGGGACUUCACUCCAAGGGUCUCCAUCUGAAGUGACUCCACCCCAAGGGACUCCAUCCCAAGGGACUCCACCCCAAGGGACUCCAUCCCAAGGGACUCCAUCUGAAGGAACUCCACCCCAAGGUACUCCAUCCCAAGGGACUCCAUCUGAAGGGACUCCAUCUCAAGAAACUCUACCCCAAGAGACUCCAUCUGAAGGAACUCCUCCACAAGGGACUCCAUCUGAAGGGACUCCAUCUCAAGAGACUGCACCCCAAGAGACUCCACCCCAAGAGCUAUCAUUCCAAGAUAUACUAACUAAAGACAGAUCAUCUCAAGAGACUACAUACCAAGAAACUCCAUUCCAAGAUUUAGUAACUCAAAAUAGACCAUCCCAAGAUUCCCAAUAUAAAGAGACUCCAUCACAAGAGAUUUUCUUCCAAGAUACUCCAUUCCAAAAUACUCCAUCCCAGAAUAUACAAUAUCAAGAUAUACUAUCUCAAGACAAAAUAUCCCAAAGUUCACAAACCCAAAAUUCAGUAUCUCAAGACAUGGCAUCCUCAGAUCUUCAAGUACUAAACACUCAAGUUCAAAUCCAGCAAUAUCCAGAAGUAUUUUAUAGGGACAUUCGAACAGAAGUCAUGGAGCUGACUCAAGAAUGGAAGUCUAAUCAGGGCAAGAAACCCACAAGAAGACUUUCCUUAUCCUUGCCAGGCAAACAUGGGCAAGUCCAUCCCAAGAGAUAUUCUGUGGACCUGCAAGUCAAAAGUGAGAAACCAAGGAGAUAUUCUGAGGACUUGCAAAGUAAAACUUCAAGACGGAAAUCCAUAGAUCAGCAAAUCAAAGCCUGGAUAUCCCCAAAGAAAAAUACCACAGAAAAACAAGAUGCAUAUACCCAAACCACAGACCAAUUGCCACAUCAGCAAGCUGAAGAUCAGCAAGCUGAUGACCAGCAGGCCAAAGAGGAGGUCCCAGUACAACAAUCCCAAGAUGAGCAAAUCAAAGACCAAAAAUCUAUAGAGAAUCUAUUACCAGAAGAACAUCCUAAUGACAGAGAGGAUGAAGGUCAGCAGUCUGAUAAAGAGCAACCUCCAGAAGAGCAAGCUCAAGUUCAACCAGUUGAAGAUCAGCAACCCAAAGAGCAGAAAGCCCCAAACACCCAGCUCCAAAAUUGGCAGGGAGGACAAGUACUAGUAAAGAGAGCCCCAAGGCAGUUGUGUGAUAAUUGGGAAACCCAAAGCUUUCAAUUCACAGAAAAGUCAUGUUCAUUCUGGUCAACUCCAUCCUGGCAGCCUAUUAGCCAGAGAUCCCAAGACUGGAUAAGUCAAGGUUGGAGAAACAAAGAUUGGAAAGCACAAGAAUGGCAGUUUGAAGUGAAGCCUUCCCUAGACUGGGAAUCCCAAGAGCUAUUAGAGAGAGAAUCCUUAAGGCAAAGGGCACUAUACCAACAAAUCCAACCCCACACCACCAUAGUUCAGCAGACCCCAGGUCAUCAAUUGCAAAACUAUAUAUUUCAAGUAGGUCUGUGUCAAGGUAGUAGGCACCAAGACUCUGAAUCUGGUGUUUUAAUAGAAGAUGUGAAUGAAGAUGAUGUUCAAUCAAGAGAAAGAGAACCAGAAAAUACAGAAGAAACAUGUCAGAAACCAACAGACCAGCAGUCAGAAGACAUGAGGCCAGAUAAUUAUCCUGUUUCUUGUCAGAGCCUGGUUCCAUACACAUAUGUAACCUGUUUAUCCAACAUAGCUUCAGAGCAAGAGGUGCAGAACAAUACACCUUGCUCAGGCUCAUCCAAAGAUCUAAAUGCCACUUCUUCCUCAUCAUAUCAAAGAGAUCAACAGCAAUCUGAAGAUUCAGACUAACAUGCACAUCUAACCAAAAACCACAGAUGCCAGAUAAUGGAACCAGAUGAGGAGAAAGCAGUUGAUUCUUCCAUAACCUGUGUUCUUGCCUAUGCUUGCUGUCUAAUUCAUACACCACAGAUGAAGGGCAUGCAGGACCUUCAAAGAACCUGUACCUUUUUAAAUCAAAAUGACAACAAGCUAAAUGUUAACACUAUAUCAGAACCUUCUGGGGUUGAAGGAAUAAAUCUCAU